UAAAGUAGUCGUUCGUACGAGUAAAAUUCAUGCUUUUGAAUACUGUGAGCACGUAUGUUGUAUACAGUCUUGUGAUUCUUGUGAUUCCGUGAUACUACUGAUCGCUGUCGUCGAUAAAUAAAAUCAUCUCUCGUAUUGUUGUAAAUAAUAUUACAAUUGUGCUCGAGCUGGCGAUUAAAUAUCAUUGUAGCUUAAAGAAUAUGUAACCCUUGUUGGUAUUGAAGCCUGUUGUUAUAAUAGUAAUCGUCGGUCUUAGCGUUGCUCAGGCGUUGCAGUGCAGCAACAGUUUGCAGUUUGCAAUCUGUCAAUAUGAUGACACCUUCGGAAGUCGUGACGGACGAUCAUGGAAAGGAAACCAUUGUCGACACUGCAGUCCUGGAGGUGAGCUCUAUGUUAACGGGAGGUAGUAUGAAGCAGGACGAUGCCCUUUCCAAUUAUAGUACUUCGGUCGAAGGUUCUGUGGUUGCUUCGCCCUCGAUCGAAAGCUUCUCCACGUUACCCGAACAAGAGACAUCGGAAUCCAAUCUAGAUCUUCGAGAUCUUCAAGUCAAAGUCGAUAGUCCACAAAAGCAUGUCGAGACCUUGGAAACUUAUAUUACCUUUAGAAUCACAACACGAUCAACUAGGCCAGAAUUUCAAGAGGGAGAAUACAUAGUUCGUAGGCGUUAUAAUGACUUUAUAUGGUUAAGGAAUAAGCUAGACGAAAGUUAUCCAGUACAUAUUAUUCCGCCAAUGCCAGGUAAACAUUCGCUAUUCGCUCAAUUGGAUCGCUAUUCUAAGGAGUUUAUAAUAGCUAGAAUGAAGCUACUACAUAUUUUUCUAAAUCGCAUGGUGAAUCAUCCUAUUUUAAGCUGUGACAAAAACUUACAAAUAUUUCUCACUGCCAAACCCGCUGAGUUUUUUAUUCAUCGUAAGAAUCGUGCUAAUGUUUUUGUUAAAAUGACUGAUUCUUUACAAAGUAUGACCGCUACAAGCGGCAUAAAAUAUAAACGUCAUUUAGAAUUUGAGCAAGUUCGAGAUUAUUGUUUUGCUUUAAGUGAAAAGUUAAGCACUAUAGAUAAAAUAAGUCGUCGUAUACACAAAGAAAGACAAGAUUAUUUAGUUGAAUUACAUAAACUACAUCCCAUAUUUACAUUUUGGGCGACUUCUGAGCCAGAACUGGCUAAAACUUUAAAAGCAGUUGCAAGCGCUAUCGAAUCUAAUGCAACUGCGCACCAGAAGUUACUGGAUUCCGCAGAUUCUUCGGAAGAAAGGGAGUAUAUUAGUUAUAUCGAUGCCGUAAAAGAGGCAUUGAAUCAUAGGGAUUCUAUGCAAAUUGAAUACGACAUGACCGUUGAAGAGUUAACAAAAAGAAGAACAGAAAUGGAACAAAUUGUAGGAUCUGGAAACGGAAGUACAGGUCGCUGGGACAAUUCAUUUUGGAAAAGUGAAAGUAAUGGUGAAAAAUUGGAUAAAUUAUCACAAGCCAUUCCGCGCAUAUCUGAAGUAGUUGAAGUCUUGCAGGAUCGAUUAGAAUGUGCAAAUGAAAAUUUACGAAGCGAUUUAGAACGAUGGAAUAUAGAGAAGCGAGUUGAUUUAAAAAAUAUACUUUUAGCAAUGGCCGAUCAACAAAUUGCACAUUAUCAACAAUGUACAAAUGCUUGGGAAGAUGCAUUAUCAAUUGUUAAAGUGGGAUCUAAUGAAACGGAAUCUACCACAAGUCCACCCCCUAAAGUAUUCGUUUAAAUUUGUUAAACUUCUUUUUAUGUUCCAUAUCGAAGUAUUGAAAUUUAUUUUCAAAGAU